AAAAGAUGGCGAUUUCGAAAAUCAUCAUCUUUUUCAUGUUCGUCUCGUCUCUCUUCGUUUCGUCCUCGUCCCAAAAUUGCUCGAACUACACGUUCCGAGACAACAAAACCUACGCCGCGUGCAAAACCCUACCCGUACUAAACUCGUUCCUCCACUGGAACUACUACGAAUCCAACCACUCCGUCGACAUCGCCUACCGCCACACCUCCCUCACCGCCUCCAACUGGGCCGCGUGGUCCCUAAACCCUAGCGGCGGAGCCAUGAUCGGUGCGCAAUGCCUCGUCGCAUUCCGGAACACGAGCGGACUCAUGUCCGCCUACACGUCGCCAAUCACCAGCUACAGAACCCGACUCGAAGAGGGCCCGCUCAGCUUCGAAGUUCCGAGAGUAGCCGCCGAGUUCGACGGGGAUCAAAUUACCAUAUACGCAACCAUAAAACUCCCCAAUGUGACCACCGCCUUCACGCACGUGUGGCAGCACGGCGUUCUCUUCGGCGACACCCCGGGAAUGCACCCUAGCGGGGAUAAUUUGAACUCAAUUGGUAUCGUCGAUUUUGCGUCCGGUGUUACUUUAGACAACAAUGCACGACCGACGACAACCGUAGCCACCCGACUUUCGAGAAAAAACCGCAUGAAAUUUGUGCAUGGAGUUUUGAAUGUAGUGAGUUGGGGAAUUUUGGUGCCUAUUGGUGCCAUGCUGGCGAGAUAUUUGAGGGUUUUCGAGAUAGCAAAUCCGAUGUGGUUCUACCUCCACGUGGCAUGCCAGCUGUCAGGUUACGUAGUUGGCGUUGCAGGUUGGGCCACCGGCAUCAAACUCGGUAGCGACUCUCCCGGAAUUGUGCACACUACUCAUCGGAACAUCGGCAUUACCAUCUUUGCCCUUGCAACACUUCAAGUAAUUAAUAAUUAAUAUCAUUUAUUUUAAGGUAAUUAUAUUAAUUGAAUUUUUUGUUACUAAUCUUGAAUUUGUAUAUAUAUUUUUUUUUCAGGUUCUUUCGCUGAAAUUUAGACCGAAGCCGAAUCAUAAGUACCGGAGUUACUGGAAUUAUUACCAUAAGUCGAUCGGCUAUAGCGUGAUUGUGUUGAGCGCGGUCAACAUAUUUCAGGGAUUCGACAUUUUGGACUCGGAAAAGAAGUGGAAAAAAGCGUACAUUGGCGUGAUCAUAUUUCUCGGAGCAGUUUGUGUUGUGUUGGAAGCAAUAACUCAGUUUAUCAUUUUCAAGAGAAAAGAGCAAUCGGCUGAUAAUCCGAAGGUGGCCAACGGAAUUGAUGAGUUGGACAAUGUUUAGUUCGUAGAAUAAUUCGGUUUCGUUAGAGCAUAUGAUCGUUUAACUUUAUUUUAGUCUUGGUUUUGAUAGAAUCGGUAGUAGAUCGAUUGUUAUAUGUAUAACUCAGACAUUUUUAUUCGACUCCUUUCAUAAUUAAUUUAGAAAAUUGAUGAUGCUUCUUUAAAUCCGUUACUUCUUU